AUUCUGCAAGAUUACAGGAGGCCUGCACUCCUGGUCCCAGACGAGGUUUCUCUUUGUGGUUAAUUAGCCGUGGGGGAGAUUCUCAGAGAUGAUGAGUUCUGAAAAUCCUUCCAGAGACAGAUGAUAAACAAGCCUUCUCCUGCCCCGGGUCACCUCCCCUAGGAAAUUCAGCUUUUGUCUCCUGCCUCCUUCAGGAGAAGCCUUUACUGUGGAGGUAAGCAGGAUGCUAAUGGGACGCUGUCACACACACGGACCGUGCCCCGUUGGUGUGUCGCCGUGGCAGGGGAACAACAGGAGAGAGCAUUGCCUUCCACCUGCAAUCCCUGCACUUCGGGUAGCCCUAGUUCCUUGAGAGGCCACCAGAUCCUGGAUGCCUGUGGUAAACCAUGGCAGCUGAUGAUAAGGUGGCCAUUCUAACCGACGAUGAAGAAGAGCAGAAGAGAAAGUAUGUGCUUGCAGAUCCUUUCAAUGGCAUUUCCAAGGAUCAAGACUUGCCACCCAAUAAUGAAUCCCCUUCCACAGAGACAACCACUGCCCCAGAUGAAGAGCUGGAUUGGUUAGAAAAGCACUGUGUCAAAAUCAACAACGAUCUUCUGAUCUCAAAGGUCUUUUAUUUUUUCUUCUAUUCUGCAUAUGGCUCUCUCUACCCCUUGCUGCCCGUGUACUACAAGCAGCUGGGUAUGACCCCCAGCCAGAGUGGACUUCUGGUGGGCAUCAGGUACUUUAUUGAGUUUUGCAGUGCUCCCUUCUGGGGAGUGGUGGCAGAUCGCUUCAAGAAAGGCAAGAUUGUCCUCCUGUUUUCUCUUUUAUGCUGGGUUCUGUUCAACCUGGGCAUUGGAUUUGUGAGACCAGCCACCUUAAGAUGUGUACCAAAGGGCCUUCCCCCUGCACAUCCCACCAACGCAAGCAGCCUUUUAACAACAAUCCUGCAAAACACCUCCAUGGCUUCUCCACUAACCACAGUGAGUGCUGCAUCCCCAAAAGUUCGUGGGAGGAGAGACCUGGUCACUUCCAGUUCAGCCACUUUGGAAACAACAGGGACGCCUAAUCCUGAAAUAACAUUCCCAGUACCUACACAGAGCAAUGGUGAGGAUUUUACCUUGGAGAACAGUACCCAUUUGAUUUUGCUAAGUACCACCACUAGCCCAGUCUCACUAGGGAACACAACUCUGAGCACCCCGGCUUCCAUCAGCACAAAGCCCAUGCCUUCUGACCAAGUUGUGCUUGUUUAUGAUCAGCAAGAAGUAGAGGCCAUCUUUCUACUCAUUCUGCUGGUUGUCAUAAUAGGAGAAUUUUUCAGUGCUUCCUCUGUUACCAUUGUGGACACCAUAACCCUGCAGUACCUCGGCAAACACCGGGACCGCUAUGGAUUGCAGCGUAUGUGGGGGUCUCUGGGCUGGGGGCUGGCCAUGCUCUCCGUGGGCAUUGGCAUUGACUAUACUCACACAGAAGUUGCCAUUGAAGGUCAAGGAUGUAAAGCUCCAGAGUACAAGAACUACAGGAUCGUUUUCAUUGUUUUUGGUGUCCUCAUGACAAUGGCUCUGAUUGUGGCCACCCAGUUUCGAUUUCAUUACACGCACUUCAAGCAAGAUGAAAAUAAGAGGAAAGAGGUCGAGAUCUCACAGGUGGACAGAAAUGCCUCCAAUGAAUCUUCAGAUAACACUCCUACCAGUAUGAGCCAGUCACAGUCUUUCAGUUUUUGGGACCUAAUUAAACUGCUGUGCAGUAUCCAGUAUGGCUCCGUGCUCUUCGUGGCCUGGUUCAUGGGGUUUGGAUAUGGCUUUGUGUUCACCUUUCUGUACUGGCACUUGGAAGACCUGAAUGGCACCACCACUCUCUUUGGAGUUUGUUCUGUGCUCAGCCACGUGUCUGAGCUGACUGCCUAUUUCUUCAGCCACAAACUCAUUGAAUUGGUUGGUCACAUCAGAGUGCUUUAUAUUGGCCUUGCCUGUAACACAGCACGAUACAUCUACAUCUCGUACCUGGAAAAUGCCUGGACCGUCCUUCCGAUGGAAGUGCUGCAAGGUAAGACCUUCCAGGUGCUCCUAUUAUCUUGUUUUCAAGUGAGCUAUGAUUAAGUAAAAAAUCUGGUA